UUUUCUCUCGUUAGUCUGUGCUCCUCUUAACCAAACACAAAUCUGUGGAACAUUCAAGCUACAGCCAAUCUCACACAUUUAACACAACUUUUGAGACCCCGGGCCGGUGGACAGACCACUGCCAGGAUGAAUAUCAGAGAAUGUAGCAUAGACAGUGAGCCGUUGGGUGGGUCCGUCGUGGACCUGGAGCGGCAGCAGCAGGUCAUGAGUGUGUUCGGGGGCGGGGCCACAGGAGGCGGAGCCUCAGGUGGAGCCCGACCAGGUGAGCACUACAGAGAGCAGCGGCGUCGCUCCAGUGACCGCUCACGAGACUCCUCCCACGAGAGAGGAGAGAACCAGCUGACCCCCUGCAUCCGCAACGUCACCUCUCCCACUCGACAGCACGAUCGUGAGCGUGGCGAUGGCGGCUCUUCGUCGCGCUCGUCCAGUCCCCGCCCACCCAGGGUCCCUCUGACCUACUCCCAUGUGGGACACGUGCCUCGCUCCGCAGACCUUCACCCCAAACUGAUGGGACAGGGCCCUAAUGACAUGAUCUAUGUGUAUGACCUGGGCAGCAAGGAGAGUCACAGGGGGGCGCUAAGGCUCGGCGAGAGGGUCACGCUCAUCGUAGACAACACCAGAUUUGUGGUGGACCCCGCCAUUUUCACAGCCCAGCCAAACACCAUGCUGGGCAGGAUGUUUGGUUCUGGACGUGAGAACAACUUCACCCGACCAAACGAAAAAGGAGAAUAUGAAGUGGCCGACGGGAUCAGCUCCACUGUGUUCAGAGCCAUUCUGGAUUACUACAAGUCGGGGAUAAUCCGCUGCCCUGACGGCGUUUCCAUUCCUGAACUGCGGGAGGCAUGUGACUACCUCUGUAUCUCCUUCAACUACAACACCAUCAAGUGCAGAGACCUAAGUGCCCUGAUGCACGAGCUGUCUAACGACGGCGCGCGGCGACAGUUUGAGUGUUACCUGGAGGAGAUGGUGCUGCCGUUGAUGGUGGCCAGUGCACAGAGUGGAGAGAGGGAGUGUCAUGUGGUGGUCCUGACUGACGAUGAUGUGGUGGACUGGGACGAAGAGUACCCCCCACAGAUGGGAGAGGAGUACUCCCAAAUCAUUUACAGCACCAAGUUGUACCGGUUCUUCAAAUACAUUGAGAACAGAGACGUGGCCAAAGCUGUGCUGAAAGACAGGGGCCUGAAGAAAAUCCGCCUGGGCAUCGAAGGUUAUCCCACCUACAAAGAGAAGGUGAAACGGCGUCCCGGGGGGCGUCCGGAGGUCAUCUAUAACUAUGUGCAGCGUCCGUUCAUCCGCAUGUCCUGGGAGAAGGAGGAAGGCAAGAGUCGCCACGUGGACUUUCAGUGCGUCAAGUCCAAAUCCACCACAAACCUGGCCGCUGCAGCCGCAGACAUCCCUCAGGACCAGCUGGUGGUGAUGCAGCCGGGACCCCCCAUGGACGAGCUGGACACUGUGCCCCUGGGACACGAACAGCAGCCCCCUACAGCCCCCCUGGAACCUCUGCCUCCACAGGCAGCUCACAACUCCCCCCACCCACCACAGGAUGUACCACACCAGGCAGUGCCCAGCCUAGCCCACAGUAACCACGGUAACCAGCACAGCAGCCACUCUCAGGCCACAUAUCACUAUGAGCCCGGCCCGGACCCUCCUUCCCCCUCUGCAUGAGUCCAGAGCCGCAUUCACUCUCAAACAGACCCCUACCACGAACAAGAAGCAGCAGUGGACUCAUGUCCAAAUGCACUUGAAUGUGUUAUGUAAUGAACAGAAACUUUGUACAACACAAAGGCAAAAGCAAUAAACAAAAAACAUCCACACAAUGUAUUUAAACAUUUAGGCACAUUUCACCCACAUCACACAGCACAAUGUACACACAAGAGCUGUAAUGCAGACAUGUCCCUGUAUCUCACUUAACUGGACAUUUAUGGAGUUGUACUGUAAAUCUAGAAGAAACAUAUAGAGCCCAAAGCGCCUGUCUGUUAUCGGGCAUUGUGCUUAAUGUCUGAGGUAUCUGUGAUGACCCAGGUCUCUUUACACAUGAUCUGGUGGAAAUGACGUUGCUUUUUUGUGGUAGUGCUACAAUCUGCAAUAUGUGUGAAAUAUGCAGUCAAACAUACUUUAUUUUUGUGUAUUGCAUUGUUUGCUAUCGCUGGAAUCAUUUAAUCAGUUUCUCAGUAUAAGGUUUGCUACCUCAAUGUUGGAAGAAAUGAAAUCUGUGAGACGGCAGUUAAAAAAAAAUCUUCAAAGUAAUUUUGGAUUUUUGUGAGACAUUGUUUUGAACACUUCAUCACACAAUACAGUAUUAAUAUUUAUUAUUUAUUGUAGAAAAUUAUUAACCGAACCACAACUGUUGAUGUGACGACACCAUCGCACACUUCAUAUUUAUUUAAUGCAUACAUGCUUUUAGGCUGAUUUUGUUGCCAAAAAGCACAGGGUCAGUCUUUUCUGGUAAGAGAGUGAAUGCGGCAUGUUUCCCUAAACCUCCCCCUCCUUUUGGCAGAACACCACUUUGCCUUUGCUGCCCUUUGACUGGGACUCUACAAGGUUCUGCUGAGACAAAUACUGUGGAUAUGAUUAUUCACAUAAAGAUUGCUGUAGAAAUGGAAAUGUGUCUAAAGAUUAAAAAGGUUCAAUGUCCUACACUCCAGUUUUUACUAAAUGCAGGAACACAUGAUGUCACAGAUGUUUAUAUAAAUGUUUUUUUGUUUUUCAAUAAAUACUAUUUACAAAAAAA